UCAAAAAACGCCGGUUGCGACGGCGCCGGAGCGUUGCGUUAGUCAAAGUAAACUCCACGACCGACCUCGGGCGAGCUAUAUAAGCACCACCAGCCCCUCCCCCCUCUCUCGCCCUUCGUCCAACAGACCCAACCAACCAUCCGAUAUGAAUUCUCCGGCGACUUCGAAGGCGGCGGCAAUGGCUUCGGCCCUCAUCCUUCUCUCGCAGUUUCUCGUCCUCGUCCCCUCCGCUCAAGGAGGCGUCGUAUGCGAGAAUCUGCCGCAAGAUUUGUGUGCCUUCGCUGUCUCGUCGGAGUCGAAGCGGUGCGUGCUGGAGAGCAGCCAGCGGGGGGAUGGACUGACGGAGUAUCAGUGCCGGACAUCGGAGGUGGAGGUGGAGGUGGAGCGGGAGAUGAAGGACUGGAUCGAGACGGACGAGUGCGUGGGGGCCUGCGGCGUCAGCCGUGGCGCCGUCGGGAUUUCCUCCGACGCCCUGCUGGAGCCCGACUUCGCCGGCAAGCUCUGCUCCGCCGCCUGCUACCAGAACUGCCCCAACAUCGUCGACCUCUACUUCAAUCUCGCCGCCGGCGAAGGUGUCUUCCUACCUGAGCUUUGCAAGGUGCAAAAGGAGAACCCCCGGCGUGUCAUGGCGGAGCUUCUCAGCUCCGGCGCAGCGCUGGGCGCUUCUUCUGCUCCUGUUCCUGCUCCUGCCCCGUACUACACUUAAUUACUACUUGUAAUUUAUUUUGGAUAUUGUUUCUCCGCUCCUCUUAGUUUCUAUGCGUACGUAUACCAUUUGGUGUUUUUAUUACAGUUGUUUUUGUAUGUGAUUUCAUGUGAUUCUAAAUCAAUUCACAGUUGCGUAUACCUCGUAUUAUACAGGUUUCUUUCUCAAACAAUUAUCUUUUACAGAUAUCGUACAAUUUCAUUCUAACAACAUAUUAAAAACCAUACAGAUUAGAGGGGUAUUUUAUAAUUUCACCAAUCCGGGGGGAAAAUUGGAGAGGACUCGAGAGCUCAAUUGUUCUACAAGCUGAGGUGAAAAAUUUGGCAGCUUGGUUUGUAAGAACUCUCGCUGGAAGCUUGC